UUCCUCUCUCACUCCCUCUAGUGUGGGACACACGAACUGUGGGCAGCACCAGAAAAACAUUUCCUCGAGAGAAAAGAGCUCGGGUCGGAGGGUCACCGUGUUCCACACCUAAAGUGCGACCAACCUCCAGCUCGCGGUGAAGGUUUGGUUGUGCGGAUCAUUCAGGAAACGCACGGAAGCAGAGGAAGUCCAAAGUCCAGUGGCGCAGACCCUCUGCUCGGUAUAUAAACCAUCUGAGGUGUCAUCCAACCACACACUGUCGUGUUGGGACCUGACUCCUCCACACUGAUCUAAUCCUCGUUGUUUCCUGCACUGAGCUGAAGGAUGAGUCGUCGUGUGGCAGUGAUCGGAGGAGGCAGCUCGGGUCUGACCGCCAUCAAGAGCUGCCUGGACGAGGGGCUCGAACCUGUGUGCUAUGAGAGCAGCGAUGACAUUGGUGGUCUCUGGAGGUUCAAGGAGAACCCGGAGUCGGACAGGGCCAGCAUCUACCAAUCUGUCAUCAUCAACACCUCCAAGGAGAUGAUGUGUUUCAGCGACUUUCCGAUCCCUGCACACUUCCCAAACUACAUGCACAACUCGCUCAUCAUGGACUACUUUCGGAUGUAUGCUGAUCACUUCCAGCUCACCAAGCACAUACGCUUCAAUACCCGAGUCUUGAUGGUGAAGCAGCGAUCCGACUUCUCUCACUCAGGCCAGUGGGAUGUUGAGAUAGAGACCAAGGACGGCAAAAGAGAGAGACACAUUUUUGACGCUGUGAUGAUCUGUAUUGGACAUCACUGCCACCCCAACUUGCCGCUCCAAGACUUCCCAGGCAUUGAAACUUUCGGGGGAAAGUAUAUCCACAGUCGAGACUACAAGAGUUCGGAGGAGUGGAGGAAUAAAAAGGUGGUAGUGGUUGGAAUAGGAAACUCUGGCGGAGACAUAGCAGUGGAGCUGAGCCGAGUCAGCAAACAGGUUUACCUGAGCACUCGAAGAGGAGCCUGGAUUCUGAACAGAGUUUGGGACAAUGGCAUACCCCUUGAUUUGUUCUUUAAUAGGGUGUCUACAGCUAUACAGAAGAUUCUUCCCAACAGUGUUGUGUGUGAUAUUGGAGAGAGGAGGCUCAACAAAAGAUUUGAUCACAGUCUGUACAAUCUGAAGCCAAAGCACAGGCUGAGGAGCCAACAUCCCACAGUGAAUGAUGAGCUUCCCAACCGCAUCCUGUCUGGAACGGUUCAGGUGAAACCCAACAUCAGCAGAUUUCGAGGAUCCACUGUGGAGUUUGACGAUGGGAGCAUAGUGGAAGAAGUUGACCUGGUGGUGUUUGCCACCGGUUACAGCUUUUCCUUCCCGUUCCUGGCCUCACUUGUGGUCUCGGUGUCUGAGAACAAAGCAUCUCUCUACAAGUUUGUGUUUCCCCCUGAGUUGGACCGUCCAACACUGGCCAUCAUUGGUCUGGUACAGCCACUGGGAGCCAUCAUGCCCAUCUCUGAGAUGCAGUGCAGAUGGGCCACACGUGUCUUUAAAGGUUGCGCGAAGCUUCCCUCAGUGGCAGCCAUGCUAAACGAUGUCCAGUGCAAACAGGACACCAUGGCCAAAAGGUAUGUGGCCAGUCAGAGACACACCAUCCAGGUAGACUAUGUCGAUUACAUGGAUGAGUUAGCAGAACAGGUUGGAGUUCGGCCAAACGUCCUAAAGAUAAUGCUGACCGAUCCCAGGCUGGCGCUAAACGUGUUGCUCGGUCCGUGCUCGCCGUACCAGUAUCGUCUCAGAGGGCCAGGAAAGUGGGCCGGGGCCCGUGAGGCCAUCCUCACUCAGUGGGAGAGAGUGGUUAAGCCCAUGCAGACCAGACCUUCUGAUGAUCACAACCCCAAGAGGUCAUACAAGUGGCUUCUGAUUCUGUCAGCUGCUGCUGUGGGCGUGGCUGCGUACGUUCAAAGGAACAACCUUCCUGCUUUCCUACAAGAUCCCACUGCCCUGCUGGACCAGAUUAGAGCGUACCUUCCUGUACAGUGAUUUGAAAUUUCAUACUGAUUCCUUUUCAGCUCGGAUCACUUUUUACACAUUUGUUCAUCCAAUUUUUUUACACAUGUUUCUUGUAAUAAUCUGGGCGGCUGAGGCUCAGGGGUCGGAGCGGUUGUCCUCUAACCAGAUGGUUGGCGCUUUGACCAGAUGCCCCUUCUCAUAGAGAAAAGUGAUGCACUGUAUGGAUCUGAAUGUGUAACGUUAAUGUAAAGUGCUUUGAGUGGGCAUCAAGACCAGAGAAGCGCUUUACCAUCUGAUUUUCUUGGCAAACCUAUGUACUCAUACUGCUAAUCUCUGACUCAUAUUCAAAAACAGUGUAUGAACAUAUAAGUUUGUUUGAUCUUUUACGCAAAUAAAAUGACGCUUUUGCCCCCAGAGAACACCUUCAGAUUUUUUGUGAUACACCUACCAAUAGGUUUUACAACACUUUUAGUGAUUUAGGAUUAUCCUAGUGAUUUAGGAUUAUCCUAAAUCACAUUCUUUCUAAAUUCCGUUUUCAGGGAGGUUCUUCGUUUUUGAAAUUACUUUGUUUUUUCAUUUGUGAGGAUCUUAACAAAAAAAAAUGGCUAAUGACCCGUUGAUUUUUUACCUUUAAUCUUCUGCUGUUUCUCUUUGUCCAAUCCUUUCCCCCCUUCCUUCAAUGUAUCCUGCCUGCUCCUCUCGAUGACUAUUUUUAUGUUUAAAAUCAAUCUGUUAAAUAAAUAUAUAAAUAUAA